AUGCCCAGCACUGAAGAGCGCGUCGCUCUCCGCUCCUCGGGUCCGAGCAGCAGUUCUCUGACGUCUCCGUCACGCGCACGGCUGCUUGCCACUGCGGGCGUGGGCAGUGGGCCCGCCGCCCCCGACGAAGCCCACGCUGUUCGUCUCAAUGUUCUCAAUAGCAGCGUACAGGAAGCACGAGAUGCACGAAACUCGCGUCUUAUCAUGUGGGCCAUCUCACUGGUCAAUUUACCGCAGAUCAUAGUGGCCGUCGUCAUCCUGGCGCUACAUUGGCAGGGCGAGACACUGUGCUAUCGUAUCCAGGUGUGGUUAUUGCUACAUACUAUCCAUCUCACGCUCACAUUGUUGCUGGAAUGGACACUCUACUACUUAAACGGCGCACGCAGUAACACUGCAAUUAGACUUCGGGAACAAUACAUGGCUCCACUUAGCCAGCUCAAGUACGGGUUGGACCUAGCUGGCCUCUUUUGGUUCCUAGUGGGCAAUAUGUGGGUCAUUAGCGACGGUGCGCGCUGCGACGACGGGUCGGCAAUGUACCAGUUAGCUCUGUGGAUGAUCGUCAUCUCCUAUGCCAAGAUCUUCCUGCCCUGCUUGCUGCUACUAGCGCUGUUGCCGAUCCUCUGCUUCUGUCUCCCUUGUGUCAUUCGACUACUGAGUAGAUUACAAGACCCUAUGAGGGGCAAAGGAGCCACCAAGGAGAUGAUUGACCAGUUAGAAAGCAAGACGUACACGGCCAAUAUGUUCCCGCCUGAAGACGCGUGCUGCUGUAUCUGUCUGAACGACUACGAGGCGUCACAGUCGCUGCGUGUGCUACCGUGUGCACACCAUUUCCAUAAAGAAUGCGUGGACGAGUGGCUAUUGGUGAAUUCUACGUGCCCAACAUGCCGCAAAUCCAUCUUCGACACUGCAGGAUCUGGAGGUGCCACAGCAACAACCGAGGAAGACAUGCUACGGCGGGUGUGA